AUGCAACGAAUUUUAUUAUUCGCCCUGGUGUUUACAGUCUUCUAUCUUCACCAUGUUCGAUGUGAGGAAAUCGAUAAUCGAACAUCAACCAUUACAAAAGUGACUAUCGAGACAUUACCGCAUACUGAAAAGGCAGAAAAUGAAACUGAAAAUCAAAGAAAGAUUACCUCGAAAGCCCAGUCAAGAAGACGGAGUUGUUUUAGAGGUAGAUGUCGUAAACGGAAGAUCUACACUAGACUUGAAGACAUUGAAAAAGAAUUGGAAAGGCGCGAACAGGUAGCAGAAAUGGAAAAAUUGGAAAGAGAAAUUGAGAGGCGUGAAUUCGAAGGAGCCAAGAAGAACGCUCCAAAAAUGCCAACUAUUAUUCAUCAAGUAAUUAUUACUAUUAAAUAA